GUCACACCGUCACCGCUGUGAGUUAUCGGUUUAGAAAAGUGCCGCAGCUGCAUGCUCUGUACGCAACCCUUCGUUCAUGUUCAAAUUCUGAAACCCAAAUUAAGGAUUAACCCUCGAAAUCCUUCAAGAUAUUUGUGGGUAAAAUUCCCCCCAAAAAGCAGAGAUGAAUGCGAUGACAUUGCAAGUUGUAUCCCCUGUUCCAACAGACAUAGACAUCGCAAAUUCCAUUCAACCUCAACACAUAUCCGCCAUUGCCAAAAAGCUCAACCUCAAUCCAAAUCAUUACGAUCUCUAUGGAAAAUACAAGGCCAAGGUUUUGUUGCCUGUGAUUGAUGAACUCAAAGGACAAAAAGAUGGGUUCUAUGUCGUUGUCGGAGGAAUAACACCAACUCCUCUUGGAGAAGGCAAAUCCACCACUACUGUUGGCCUCUGUCAAGCUUUGGGGGCUUUUCUUGAUAAAAAGGUGGUGACCACCCUAAGACAACCAUCACAAGGGCCAACAUUUGGCAUCAAAGGCGGUGCAGCUGGCGGUGGUUACAGUCAAGUGAUCCCAAUGGACGAAUUUAACCUCCAUUUAACCGGCGACAUCCACGCCAUCACUGCUGCAAACAACCUCUUAGCCGCCGCCAUUGACACCCGAAUGUUUCACGAGUCAACACAAUCCGAUUCCGCCCUUUUCAACCGCUUAUGUCCACCAAACAAACAAGGUAACCGAAUCUUCAAUGAUGUCAUGUAUACGCGCUUAAAAAAACUCGGUAUACACAAGAAGUUUCCGGAAGAUCUUACACCGGAAGAAGUCAAACGGUUAGUGAGGCUCGAUGUUGACCCGGACACGAUUACAUGGCGUAGGGUUAUGGACGUAAAUGACCGGUUUUUAAGGAAAAUUACAGUCGGACAAGGGGUGGAUGAGAGAGGGAUGGUGAGAGAAACGGGGUUUGAUAUUUCGGUUGCUAGUGAGAUAAUGGCGGUUUUAGCCCUAACCGAUUCUCUAUCCGACAUGCGGGCCCGCCUCGGGAAAAUGGUGAUAGGGAAUAGUAAAUCUGGUGAGCCCGUGAGUGCGGAUGAUCUUGGCCUUGGAGGGGCGUUAUCGGUAUUAAUGAAAGAUGCGAUAAACCCGACGUUAAUGCAGACGCUCGAAGGGACCCCGGUUUUUGUUCACGCGGGACCGUUCGCUAACAUAGCUCACGGGAGCUCAUCGAUUGUGGCGGAUAAGAUCGCGUUGAAGUUGGUGGGGCCCGGUGGGUUCGUGGUUACGGAAGCAGGGUUUGGAUGUGAUAUAGGGGUUGAAAAGUUUAUGAAUAUAAAGUGUAGGUAUAGUGGUUUGAGACCUCAAUGUGUUGUUAUUGUGGCGACUGUUCGGGCUCUUAAGAUGCAUGGUGGUGGACCGGCGGUUGCUGCCGGGAAACCGCUUGAUCGGGCUUAUGUUAGUGAGAAUGUUAGUCUUGUGGAAGCCGGUUGUGCCAACCUGGCGAGACAUGUGGAGAUUGUGAAAGGUUAUGGGGUGAAUGUCGUUGUGGCGGUGAAUAGGUUUUCGAGUGAUACGGAUGCGGAAAUAGCGGCGGUGAGGGCGGCGGCAUUGGCGGCUGGUGCUUAUGAGGCGGUUGUUUGUUCUCAUUUUGCACAUGGUGGAAAAGGAGCGAUCGACCUUGGCGUAGUGGUUCAAAAGGCCUGCGAAAAUGCAACCGAGCCUUUCAAAUUCUUGUACCCUUUGGAUGCAAGCAUCAAAGACAAGAUAGAAGCGAUAGCAAGAUCAUACGGUGCCAGUGGCGUCGAAUACUCCGAGCAGGCCGAGAAAAAGAUCAAAAUGUAUAGCAAACAAGGGUUCGCGGGACUUCCAAUCUGCAUGGCGAAAACUCAGUACUCAUUUUCCGAUAAUCCAGCAGCGAAAGGCGCGCCAAGUGGAUUUGUGUUGCCAAUUAGGGAUGUGAGGGCGAGUAUUGGGGCUGGAUUUAUUUAUCCAUUGGUGGGGAGUAUGAGCACGAUGCCUGGGCUUCCUACUCGACCUUGCUUUUAUGACAUCGAUCUUGAUGUUACUAAUGGAAAAGUAAAAGGGCUUUCUUGAAAUUUGUGUAUAUUCGGUUAAUUAGAAUUUUAAUCGUUUAAACUGGGUGUGUUAUAGUUAAAAGACAAAACUGCAAUUUUGGUCUUCGUGG